AUGGAAAAUUUCACUCUAAAUGCGCUUUAUAGAAACUUAGUUCUGGUGCUGCUUCUAUUUAAUCCCUUCGUAGCUCAUCAUGCUACUGCAAAGACCAUCGUUGUUCUGGAUGUGGACGGCAUGCCAAAUAAUUAUGCUGCGCUCACGACUCUCUUAAAGCAUCCCGAGUUUGAAAAUAACCUACAACUCGUGACUGUGAGCGGGGCAACCUACGGCUACGCGUCCACAGUUGUGCAGAAUUUUUGCAAUUUUUUAUCAUUCGCAGGGCACCCCUUGGUUACCGUAGCAAUGGGCCAGGUAUCCGCUUUGGAGGAUGUCUACAAUACCAAAACACAAACCGGCGAUUGUAUACAUAAACAAGGCUUCCCAGCCACACCGCAUGACGCCUUAUUGCGUGGAAUGAUGUACUCCAAGGCUGACGUUACCUCAGCCUUUGGGCAGACUUAUCGACUUCCAUUCACCGCGCUGAGGUCGGAAAGGUGCGUGUAUUCAAUCGGUAGUGCUACCAAAAGAUUUUUAAAACUUCUUGGACAAAGCACUGAUAAAGAUAAAAUUGCUUACUUACAGCUUGGGAGUAGCACAAACCUCGCAGAAAUUUUGGAUGCCCUAGAAAGCUCUAAGGAUUUGAGCUCUCUAUUUGAUACCAUUGUACAAGUUCAUGCGUUUGAAACAGGGUAUAAUGGUGGUGCCGAUGAAAAGGCCAUCAGUAAGUUGUUGAAUGCUAACCGUUUUACGUUAUACUUAUACACACCUGUCUUCUAUGCUCCAUCUCUUACCUUCAAUGACAGUACAUGGGGCCUAUUCGAAACAAUUACUCAGGGUGAAUCGUCCUCUAAGGUUGGCAGAUGGCUGUUUCAAGUGCUAGGUGCAAAAAAAAAGCAUUUUCAACUUAAUGGAGGCAGUCCGACGGAUUUCUACAAUGAAUAUGACCUUGCUAGUAGCUUAAUGAUUUUAUGUAUUAUGGAUGAGACAAUAGGGAAUCUUUGUAAGUACUACCGCGAUACGGUAUCGGGCAUUUGGUUUGCCUAUGUUCUUCCCGAUGACAUGAAAGGUUAUCUGCCGUUACAUAUUUCUGGAAAUAAUGUGACGAUGCCAUUUUACUAUAACAUCAAAACUGCAACCAAAGAAACCGAUAUUUCCGAUACAGUUGGGGACGUAACCUUGAACAUUUAUGACAAAUCAGUAUCUACAAAAUUUCCCGAACAAGACUUUAAUUUAGUUGAUAAGUUUUGGGAAGUAUGGCUGAACCUAAUGAAAUCAUAG